AUGCGAUGUCAUUCAAUGAUGUACAGCUUGGAGGGCCCCGAGAAACGUGAGAUUCAGAAUGGCAGCGAUAAUCACGUCAAGAAGUGGCUAAAGGAGGAGGCCGACACCCUCGGCAUCCACCACAACCAACGAGAGGUUGGCAAAACCCAGAACACGAGAGCCGCAGCCCCAUCCGUGGAGGGAGAGCACGUGCACCACCACGUACACGAACACAUACAGCUCAUCAUCCAAAAGGAAACCGUCCAGCCCCACGUGGUACACCGGACCAAACCCAUCCACGAAGUCCACCAGCACGAACCAGAGCACCACGGCGCAUCCAUACUACCGUCCGUCACACUGGAGGAAUCCGAACGACAGGGCGGCAGCGUCCACGGCUCCAGCGGGGAGCGGUCUGAUGCGUUCGCCGGCGAGCCCGGGCGCCUGGACCGCGGCCACAUCGACGGUGCUGGCGUUCGGGGUACCACCAGCCUGACGCACCCAGAUGGUGAGUCUGGCGUCGGGUAUCACGCUCCGAGCACCCGGAGGACCACGCGCGGCGGAACCCCGGAGAUGUACGGGCCUUCUGCAGAUGCUCGGGGCAUCAAUGAGAACGAUCAUGAGUAUGGUCUCUCAUCAGAGGGGACUCACCACCAUGGUGCCGACUCCCUCGGCUACACUACCUCGCCGAGAUCUGGCACACGCGGGAAGUCGAGUGUCCCUCGUGGCAGCCUCGAGAUGCGCCGGACUAGUGAGUCUACGCCAGGAGCGACACACACCACCACGAGUCCUACUCAGCAUAAACCCACCUUUAUAGAGAAGUUGAACCCCAAAAAGGACGCCGAUGGAGACGGAAAGGCAGGGACUAUGACCUAG